CUUCAUGUGAGGCUACAUCUGUGCGAGACGAAUACCAAUGGCCCAAUUAGCCAAGCGAGAUGCAGGCGUUGCAUUUGACGGCGCUGCCAGCGAUAGCCCUCAUGCUAGCAAGCGGCAGAGAAAGAGAAACAGUCGCAAAAGCGCAGACGAAAGUGCUUUUCUAUCAGCCCGCGCAACAUCAGAACAGACGCCGCUGAAGAAAGGGACGGUUCGAUCUUCCGAUGUCGCGGAGUUGGGUCCCUACGAAGUCACAACCCCAGUAUCUCGGCACGAGCAUGAGAAGACGCAGAAGUCGCCGUAUUCCCAGGCAAAAUCAACACGAGCUCUGGAAGGACCAUCUAAAGAGAAGGAACGGAAGAUAGACAUGAGUAUGUGGGAGGACCUCAGCACGGACAACACUAAGGCAUUGGCGGUGAAAGGCAAACCUAACAAGUCGUCGGAAACUGGAUCGAAACUAAGAAAAGCACAACCUAGUGUCACCGACUGGUGGCUCUCGAGAGGCCAUGGCGGCACCUUCAUAGAACAAGAUCCCAUCUUCACGAGCGACAACCAGUACUUGAUCGUGCCGACCCAUUCUGAUGUCAAGAUCUUCUCCACAAAAACCUCGCUUUUGGUCAGAAGUUUCCAAGUCGACAGCAAAUCCGACAUAACCAAUUGCGCUCUUUCGACCGCAGAUCCGAGCAGAAUAUAUGUAUCCAACUCGAGGGGCCUCCUUUCGAUAUGGGACUGUGCGUCGGGCACAAGCCUGUGCAAACAGGACCUGGGCAGAGGACUGCAACAGGUUUUGCCAAUACAUUCGGAAGACAAGAAGGAGGUAGUUCUUGUCCUCCAGCAGAGUGAAGGAAAGGGCACAUCUGUGGUUGCAUUUGCAGUGGAUAAUGCUACCAACCAGUUCAAACAGCUUCAAUUGGUGCUGCAAAGGAAUUUACGACUCUCGAGCAUACAAGCGCAUGCUCAAGGAAGCAUUCUAGUGGCCUGUACCCGUGACAGGAUCCUAGUUGGUCAGUCGCAACUCACGGCUGAGGGAGGCUUAGAUUUGACUUAUACAUGGCGAGAGAUCUCCGUUCCUGGCUCCAUCAUUUCCUUUGACGCUCAAAUCAAUAUUGGAAAAUCCAAGACGUCGAGGAAGGUUCCGUUCCUGGACGUGGCUGUCGGUCUACAAAACGGAGUCAUUAUCAACUACGAAGAUGUUCUUUUCAAGCUCAUUGGAAAGGAGAAAAAGAACUCGAAUCAGGACAUCACCGGCCGUAAACUCCACUGGCAUAGGACAAGCGUUAACACGUUGAAGUGGUCCCGUGACCGCAACUACCUCAUCUCCGGAGGUGACGAGACAGUGCUAGUGAUCUGGCAGCUGGAUACGAACCAGAAGCAAUUCUUGCCUCAUCUUUCCACGUCUAUUCUUGGUCUGAGGGUAUCUGCCUCAGGAUCAUCAUACGCACUACGGUUGGGCGACAAUUCAAUUAUGGUCUUGUCAACAGCAGAUCUGCUCCCGUCAACGAACAUCAAUGGGCUCGCUCUGGGCGAUAUCCAACACCAUCGAGCUCCAGUGGUCCUUCAUCCCACGGCUGAGAAUCGACUAUUUGCUGCGAUCCCAGCUAAUGCUGUCACCAAAGGCUUACUGCGGGGGAAAAGCUCGACCCUUCUGCAAUCGUAUGACCUGGAGUCAGACCUGCAGAUAGGCCGGCAAGCUCUAACAAGAAACAUGACGACGGCCUUGAAUGUUGCACCCACGGGCCAGUCCGUGCAAGAACCAAAUGUUACGCAUAUUGCCGUCAGUCACGAUGGAAAGUGGCUGGCAACUGUUGAUGAAUGGCAGCCAAAUGAUCAAGAUCUCGAUGCCCUGUAUAUCGAGGCUGACGCUUCCAGAGACCGCGGGUCAGCCACGGAGACAAGCCUCAGAUUGUGGACACUGAAUGACAACGACAACACAUGGGAACUCGUAACACGUAUCGAUGAACCACACAAGCCGGGUCCGCAGUCCAUCCUUGGUCUGGCUGUGAGUCCCAACAAACUCGAGAUGGCGACAAUUGGCUCCGAUGCGAAUAUCCGACUCUGGUCACCCAAGGCUAGACAUCGGAACGGUGUCGCUGUGAGGAACAAUUCAAACGAGCAACUCUACACCUGGACAUGCUCGAGGACAAUUCCAUGCGAACAGGAUGCUCCUGGACAGUCCGAAGCAGCAACAUGGGCGACCUUGGCCUACUCCGACGAUGGCUCUGUGCUUGCUGGAUCUUGGUCCUGGCAGACUGCUUCUACCCGCUUCGUCCACCUUAUCGACCCUCGAACAGGUCAAAUCAGUCUUUCGCAGCCAGACCUCUUGCACCAAGGUGAUGGCAAGAUGGAAUUUUCGGGACGUUACCUCAUCUGCUUGUCCCAGAUGCUCACAGUCUAUGAUUCCCUGACGAGCCAACUUACCUCCACCAUAAGCCUGGAUCCAGCAUUUGUUUCCCCACAGACCCAGGCCCCAUACUUCCUGGCGGUUAACAAGCUCGAUGGGACCGUCGCCGUCAGUAUUUCGAGGUCUCAUAAGCCAAAGUCCACAAAGGUCCUCGUCCUCAAUAUCAGCGGCGGCGAUAUCAAGCCACUACACGAGCUCUCUUUCCCAGGCACGAUCAGAAGCUUACUUGCUUCGACGACCGCACCGGGGUUUCUGAUUGUUGACGAUAGGAACGUGGUCCGGUCGCUCAAACCUUCGGGAAGCCAAACCACAACGGCGGUGAUUCCUCGAUCACUCACGAGACACGAGCCUGAGCAAGUCACCAGGGGUCUGGACAGCAUCUUUGGUCGUGCUGCUGUUAAUACCGUAGUGGGCACCGAUGGAGUUGUUGAAGAUGAACAUGUCGGUGGCGAUGUGAAGCAGUCUUCAACAAAUGAGGAUGCUACGUCGUCUAGAGAUCUAAACUCUGUGUUGAGGAUCGUGUCAUCCACACAGGCGCCGAGUCCGGCCGAGUUGUUCCAAAGAGUUGUUGGCGUGUUGGCGAAGGGGUAGAGAGAGAGGGUGGUCCUGAUCGUCGUAGUGGGAGAAUAUGAGAACGUGUACGGAGUAAGGUCUGGGAAAAUGAGAGGCUUACUAUCUUUGGAAAGGAUGCGAGAGUCGGUAAAACCACCAAGUGUGGCCGUGUUGAUAGGGUUGUUAAUACCUAAACUUGGCUUGUGCAUCGAACAAGAU